GGAAAUUGAAAGUAAAAAUCAGUACUGGUCCACUUAAACUCGUACACAUUUCACUGCGAAAUCAGUUAUAAACAGUUUUUAAAAUGUUCAUUUCAUCGGGGGAUGCCGUUCCUUCUUUUAAAGGCUUUACUUUGAUACUGCCUGCAGUAUCUGUUGGAAAUGUGGGCCAGCUCGCCGUGGAUCUGCUCAUCUCAACGCUAAAUAUGCCCAGAGUGGGAUAUUUCCACACAGACUGUCUCAUUCCUAUGGCUGGAAACAACCCAUACGCUUCAUCCACUGAAGAUGCUGCUCAGCUCAGCACCAGCGCAGAAGUGUAUUCUCACAGGGACUUAAAACUGGCUGUGCUGCAGAUAAGGGCGCCCAUCAUCCAGACAAAAGUGAAAUCAUUCCGAAAGCUGAUGAUCUCCUGGAUGAAGAGCAGUGGAUUCCUCAGAACUGUGCUGCUGUCCAGUGCACAUGCUUAUCAGAGAGAUGACCAACAGCUUCAUGGCACUCCUCUGCGAUACAUGUUGAGCCCGUCUCUGGAGAAAGAGGAACGGCAGAGGUUCGAGGAGCUGGGCUGGAGGGAGAUGGAGAAAAUCAGUGUUUUCCCUGGUAUCUCUGACUCUGAGCAACGUCUCUAUAUUCCUGGAGGAGGAGUAACAAAAUGCCUUUACACUGACUGUUGCACAGAGGACGUCCCUAUGGCAGUAGUGCUUAUCUUCUGCUCAGAAGGAGACAACAUCCCUGACGCGUUUGCUCUCAUCAAUUGUCUCAAUGACUGGCUCCAUCUGCUGGAAAAACCUACGCAGGGCUCAGUGCAGUGGCGGGUUCCUCCUUCAUGGAAACUGCUGUUCGGGAGUGGGAUACCUCCUCUCCUCUUCUGAAACAUCUCUUUAUGAACUCCAUAUUUGAUCUGCAGGUCUGACUGUUUUAAGGAUGAACCAGGGAAAUCACUGAUGGACUCAUGUAAAGGUGUCAAACUGCACUAAAUACACGUUUAUGCUUGUCAUACAGUACAGAAAUAUAACCUGCUAACAUUAUUUUUUGCCAAA